CAAUACUAUUUGCCCACUCCCUUAAAUUCAUGAUGAGUAAUAUUUUCAAGAACCCUCAACGCUAGAAAAUUUCUCCAGAUGAAGAUAAGUUUUCGAAAGCCACCUACCAAAAAAUUCACUUCACUACUGGGUUAUAGGUUGAGCGAUAUAAGUAUCCAGUUAUACGCCUGGUCGUCCUGAAGUGCAUUCGCUAUUAUGUAUUUGGGAAGAUCGUUAUAUUUCAUUGGAGUGCUUCUCCUUUUUUGCAAUGGUGAACCAGAAUUGAAUCUGCAGCAGGGUGUUGUCAAAGGUUACAUGAAAACGUCUUAUAAAGGAAGAAAUUUUGUUGCUUUUGAAGGUAUCCCGUAUGCUGAACCGCCAAUAGGAGAACUGAGAUUCGCUCCACCCAAGCCAGCAGGAAAAUGGGAAGGAGUGUUAGAAGCAAACAAACAAUAUACUUGCGCUCAGCUGAUUCCAAUACCCUUCCUUUGGGGACCAUCAGGUACAGAAGAUUGCCUUUAUGUCUACGUGUAUGUUCCUGGAGAAAAUAUUGAUGCCAAUGCCAAUCUUCCUGUAGUCGUACAUAUUCAUGGAGGUGCAUUUAUGCUUGGUUCGCCGAAAAUGAUGGCACAACCUGAAUAUAUAAUGGACCAGGAUGUUGUUUAUGUGACGCUGAACUAUCGUUUAGGAAUCUUAGGUUUUCUGAGCACGGAAGAUGGCGUUGUGCCCGGAAAUAUGGGACUGAAAGAUCAAUCUCUGGCGCUCAAAUGGAUUAAAGAAAACAUAAAAAAUUUUGGAGGGAAUCCAGAUUCAAUUACCAUCACCGGUUUAUCAGCUGGUGGAGCCAGCGUUCAUUAUCACUAUCUGUCUCCAAUGUCUGAAGGUCUUUUCUCGAGAGGUUUCUCCCAAAGCGGAACAGCCCUUCAGUCUUGGGCCUUGACGAAAAAUCCACUUGAAAAAGCGAUGUUCGUCGCGAGAAACGUCAGUUGCGAGACGGAUUCGACAGAAAAGAUGAUUGCUUGUAUGAGAUCGAAAUCGCACAAAGAUUUGAUUAUUGGCAUCGAUGGACUGUUCGUUCUGAUAAGUGCCAUGCCUUCCACACCUUUCGGUCCGGUUGUUGAGAAAGGUGGAGACAGUCCUUUCAUCGCGGACCACCCUUACAAGAUAUUGAAAGAUGGAAAAGUGUAUGACGUUCCUUGGAUUAACACUAAUGUUGCAGACGAGGGGAUUUUUCCUGUGGGAUUUUUUAUCCAUUUGAAGAAAAUAGAUUUCAUUGCCGAAAAUUGGGAAACUAUUAUGCCGUCAGCUUUAGACAUGAACGAUACCGUAGAUGAUUCUUUGAAGAGCGAAGUAGUUGGAAAAAUAAAACAGUUCUAUUACAAGGACCAACCAGUCAGCGAAGAUAACAUUGAGAACAUGGUUAAGAUCUAUAGUGACAGAUUAUUUUUCGUCGAUUCUGAAUUGGCAACAAGAACACAUUCGAGUGCAGUCAAAUCACCAGUCUUCGUAUAUUUCUACAGAUAUCUUCCUCAGGAUAACUUGCGGUUCAGGAAAAUGAAACCAGGUGUUAGCCAUGGUUUGGACGGUAAACUGAUUUUUAAAUGGAUGAUAAAUGCUGAUCUGAAACCGAAGGACGAAAAAAUGAUGAAGCUACUAACGAAAUUCUUGAAAGAUUUCGCAGAAACUGGAGUUCCCAAGAUAGGAGAAGUGGACUGGGAUCCAGUUGAACCUGGAAGUGAGGAAAUGAAAUAUCUUGAGGUAAAUUCCGUGGAAGACGUACAGAUGAAAACGAGAACAGUAUUGGGAGAGAAAGAGUUCUGGAAUUCGUUACCUAUUCAGGAAAAUAAUCAUAUUUAUAAAUGAUAAGUUCGAAAAUAAAAUUUUAUAUAUCGAA